AUGGCUAUCAAUGAUCCCGAACACAGAGAGGAGGAGGAAGCCGCCACCGAAGACGAAGACACCGGAGCGCAGGUUGCUCCCAUCGUCAGGCUUGAAGCAGUCGAGGUCAUUAACGGUGAAGAAAACGAGGAUGCAAUACUCGAUCUUAAGUCGAAGUUGUAUAGAUUCGACAAGGACGGGAAUCAGUGGAAAGAACGAGGCGCCGGAACCGUUAAGCUUCUAAAGCAUAAAGAAACUGGAAAAGUUCGUCUUGUUAUGCGUCAAUCAAAAACCCUAAAGAUCUGCGCCAAUCAUCUCGUUCUACCGACGACAUCGGUUCAAGAACACGCUGGCAAUGACAAGUCAUGCGUGUGGCAUGCUGCCGACUUUUCUGAUGGUGAACUUAAAGACGAACUUUUCUGUAUUAGAUUCGGAUCAGUUGAUAAUUGCAAAAAGUUCAUGGAAACAGUUGAAGAAGUGGCAGAGUCACAGCAGCCGGAGAAGGAGGAGGAGGAGAACAAAGAUGCCUCAAGUGCUGCUGGACUGCUGGAGAAUUUGACUGUUAAAGAUAAAACAGAAGAAGAAGGAAAAGAAGUCAAAAAGGCAUCUGCUGAUGCACCAAAGAAGGAGGAGAAAGAGCCUGAAAAGGCAGCAGAGUCAGAGGAGAAGAAGAAGGAAGAAGCUUCCCCUGCUUCCUCAACUUAAAAUGUAGCCUUAUGAGGUUAAGUAUUCCUUCUUGAUCACGUGUCCAGACUACGAGAACUUUGAUGGGUGGUUUUAUAUUUGAAUUAGGUCUAUUGGGGUUUUGGUGAAAACAUUUGGUUUUGAUUUUGUCAUCAUAUUGCAUGGUUUGUUUUGUGUCGUUGAAAUAGUAUGGUUUUGGUGGGUUUUUACGGAUGGUAUUAUUAGUGUACAUCUGUUUGAGGGAUAUGCUUGUGAUAUUGCAUGAGUUUGUGAUUUAAGUGUCGUAUAAAAACAUUUAUCAUUUGUUACCUUGAUUUAAAACUUUUCAAUUUUGAUAUCUUUAAUCAUUGUGUGUGUCAAAGUGGUUAAUAUCCCAGUUGUAGUUUGCUUGAAUGGCUUGUCAAUUGUUUGUCCAUGGUUUGUUGCAUUGUAUUGUAAAAUUUAAGGGAAAUUGAGUAAUGUAACUAAUAUAAAUGUCAAUUUUGACAAAAAUAACCAUUUUUUUGUUUUGUUACUUGACCGCAUUGCCCGGAAUUAUACAUUCCAGAGUUUUUGGAAUUGCAUAAUGCCAUUCCGAAGUAUUUUUGUAUUUUUUGUGGAAGUUUAAAUUAGUAGUUGGUUAAGCAGUUGUUAACUUUUAGUUUUGAAAAAAAAACUGUUAUAAAUAUAGAAUUGCAUGGAAAUACUUAAAUCUAUUGUAAAAAAUAAUAACUACAUAAACUUCAAUAUGUUUAAAUAAUAAUAUAAAUGGAUCUUUUUUUUAGAAUGAGUUAGUAUAUGUUUGAGUUUCAGUUCCCAUUGUUAGAAACCCUGUUAGCUAAGUGGACUAGUUCCAACUUGUAUUUUUUUUCCCACCACAUACAAUUUUCACAAAUCACCUUCGAUAUGAUUUGAUUCAGGUUUCGGUGCAACCCUCUAUCCUCAAAGAUUUGCCACCAAUCAACUGAUCAAGCUUUCUAGAAAGUAACACAAGAACACUCCACAAUCUUUUUAUCGUGAGAUUGUUGUGCUACGUCUUGCCUUUUAAAAGGGGUGUGUAAACUCUCAAUGGAGAUAACAUCAAAGAGUUUGAUACCACAAUAGUUGAUACCCACUAAUAGUUUGUGGAUAGGGGCUUCACAUAACUAUAAAACAAGAUUUAGAUUAAAAAAAAUGAUUGUCGUCCAAGAAACUAUCAUAUAUCGUAAAUGUGAAGUUUGGAAAUCCAGAAUUCCUAAAGACCGGUGGCCCCAAGGUUAAUAGGGAUGUAUAUUAAUUCUUUUUUCUUUGUAUUACAUAUAAUUUUCGCAAAUCA